AUGUGUAUCCAGUGGAUCGCCUCCGCAAACUGCACCGGCGCCGUGGGCGGAGAUAUGCCGCACAAGGGGUGCAAGGGCGCCCACGUCGCGGUGGUGCGCCGUGAGGUCUGCCCCUCGGCCCGCGAGCAGUGUGUGUGCUUCUUCGGCUCGUGCGGGAACAUACUCACGCUGUCCGCCCGGGACCAGGCCACGGUCUGCGCGCCGUGUGAGGUCUGCGGCGCUGACGAGGACCCGGAGCAGAUGAUGCUGCUGAGAGUUUUUGACGAUGCCUUCGCCGCCGAGUGGGUUAUCGCCUUUGGGGAGAGCCACUACGAAAAGUGCACCGAGGGGCAAUGGAGGGGUCGUUGGGCAGAGGAUGAGUAA